AUGCCUGGCUUGGUUGAACCUCCGCCUCUACCCUCGCCCGAGAUCGGAUACUCGGUUGGGUCGCAGAGGGUCGAGCUCGAUAUCGACUUCGUAAGCCGCUCACUCAAAGGAAAGACCGAGAUCUUGAUCUAUCCGCGGUCAAAAGCCAUACGGACGAUCCGCUUGAACUGCCGACAAUGUACGCUCACAAGAGUCACUGUUCAAGGCAAGGCGCCGAGCCUCACGUACGACGAUCCAUACACUGCUCUGGAUCUGCGUUCGUCGCUGGGUGUUCAGCAGCAUCACAUACUAAGGGAGAGGAUAGAAGGCCAGCUGAGGGAUCCUCCGGAAGAGGAGCUCGUAAUCACAAUACCGAAGUCGGUUCGCAUCGAUGAGUUAGAUCCUAUGUCAGCUGCCGGGCAGGAUUUGCCUCCUGCAAUGACAAGUGGAGGGUUUUCAAGAGCAGCGGUGGACAGCAUAUCAGCCGACCCAACUGAGACCCCGGUUGCAGCCUCGCGGCCUGCAGAGGAACACACACCCACUUUUACGCCCAUCACUAUACAUAUCGAGUACGUCAUCGAAGAGUUUAGGGAUGGCUUUCAUUUCGUUGGAUUCCAAGAUGGUGACUCAAGAUACCCUCACGUGUACACGCGAAGCUCUGCGCUUCCAGGUACCGCGUGUAGCAUAUUUCCCUGCAUUGACGAGGCGUCUUCGCGACAAGAAUGGGAUAUCUCGAUCCGCUGCCCACGCACAUUAGGCGAUGCUCUUCCGAAGCCGAGACCUGAUUCGCUGUCUGAUAAUGACACCUAUGGGUUAAGCGAGGAAGAAAGGGCAAUGGAACUAGCGGUAGUCUGCUCUGGCGACAUGACAGACGACAUCGUCGAUCCCGCAGAUUCAUCUCGAAAAACUGUGUCGUUCCACUGCUCUCAACGGGUUGCGCCUCGGCAUAUUGGCUUCGCAAUUGGUCCGUUCGAGCACGUUGAUCUUUCUGAGUUCCGAGAGAGUGAUGAAGAUGAGAAGAUGGGUCAAAGCGCCAUUCGAGUACAUGGCUUCUGUCUUCCUGACAGGGCGGACGAGGUCAAGAACACAUGUAUGACACUUGCUAAGGCCAUCGACUACUUCACGAUGAACUAUGGCUCGUACCCCUUCACGAGCUAUAAGAUUGUGUUCGUAGACGAUCUCGUUCCAGACAUUGCACAUACAGCAUCGUUGUCCAUCUGCAGCAACCGGCUGCUCUUUCCGGAGAAGGUCUUGGAUCCCCUAGACACCGUCACACAAAAGGUAGUCCAUGCUCUGGCCAGCCAAUGGAUCGGUGUGUAUGUUACAGCGGCAGAUCCGACAGACUCAUGGAUCAUCGUUGGCGGAGCACACUUCAUGACCGACAUGUUUCUACUAUCUCUCUGCGGCAAGAAUGAGAUCCGGCAUCGACAGAAAAUGACGGCAGACAAGGUAGUCGAGAUGGACGUGCAGAGGCCGUCUUUGCAUGCACUCGGCCCGCUUCUAUCUCUCGACUCCUCAGAGCUGGAAUUCAUGGAACUGAAGGCUCCCAUGGUUAUGUUCAUCAUGCAUCAGCGGAUGGUCAAGGCAAGCGGCAGAAACGGAGUCAACCGGAUUCUCUGGAAGGUUUUGCUCAAUGCCAAAGUCGACCAAGAACAGCGGACUGUCUCUACUGCAGCCUUCCUGAGGGUCUGCGAGAAGGUGGGCCACAUGAGGCUGGAACACUUCUUCAGCCAGUGGGUAAACAGCGCGGGCUGCCCUCAAUUCUACGUACAGCAGCGCUUCAACAAGAAGAAAUUGGUGGUCGAGAUGACCAUCAAGCAGACACAGAUGGAUGAUCUGGAAGGCAAGAGGACCAGAACGACGCUCACGCCGGACAACUUUCUCCAGGAAGCAAAGGAGGAGAUUAACAGCGUCUACGCCGGGCCUAUACAGCCGCUUUUCACCGGUCCUAUGACAAUUCGCAUUCACGAGGCUGAUGGCACGCCCUACGAACAUAUCGUCGAGAUCAAGGAGGUCAUCACAAAGGUCGAGAUCCCGUACAACACCAAGUACAAGCGCUUGAAGAGAAGUCGCCGGCAAAAAGAACGGGCUGCUGCGGCUACCGGAUUGGAUGUCACCGGCGACGCGCAAGACGACGUCCUGCUUUACUGCUUGGGCGAUGUGCUGCAGUCUGAGGAAGAAGUUCAAAGCUGGAAACUCGCCGACUGGUCCAAUGAAGAAGAAACGAAGAUGCAGCAGGAAUCAUAUGAAUGGAUCCGUAUGGAUGCCGACUUUGAAUGGAUCACGAAGGUUACGAUCAAUAUGCCGCAUUACAUGUACGUCUCGCAAUUGCAGCAGGACAAGGACGUGGUGGCCCAGGUUGAGUCGAUACGGUACCUUUCAGCUCAGAAUCCGCACCCUCUAAUAUCGAGCAUCUUGACACGGACGUUGAUGGACGGACGCUACUUCCACGGCAUUCGGACAGCAGCUGCGGCUGCUCUAGCUAAGAAUGCGCGUGACGAGCUCGAAUGGAUAGGACUGUACCACUUGGAAAAGGCUUUCCAAGAGCUCUUCUGUCUACCAGGCUCCCCUAUGACUAGGUCGAACGAUUUCUCCGACCGUAGCUUGUAUUUGCUCCAAUGCGCCAUCCCUCGAGCCAUAGCAAAGGUCCGCGACAACAAUGGGAAGGCUCCAAUGCGUGUCAAGAGAUUCUUCAUCGACAAGCUGAAGUUUAACGACAACUCGAACAACGAGGAGUACUCGGACGAUCAUUACGUCGCUACACUCAUGUACUGCCUGGCCGAAUCGUUAACCACAUCGAGAGAACCCGGCAGCUUUGGCUUCAGCUUUGGCGAAGAUCCGGACGACUUCCAGUUCCGGAAAAGCGCAAUCAACGAGAUCGAGCGUUACCGGCGGAUCGACGAAUGGACACCCUCCUACCACAACAUCUUCACGGUCACAGCGCUCGAAUGUUUUAAGAUAUGGAUCCAGAACAGUAUCAUUCCUCGAAAGGCGGAUGAUCUAUUGCAAUACACCCGACCGGGCAACGCGGAUGAAGUCCGCAUUGAGGCUUUUGAUACUCUCAUUGACCUUGGCAUGCUCAGGAGUCAGGCCAUCAUGAGCUUUCUGCUUUACAACAUCGAGACAGACCACUCGCCUCAUAUGCGCGACAACUUGCGGCGCAUACUCUGGCGCGGUCUCGGCCAAAUUGCGCUUGGCGAAGGGAGGUCCAGCACCAGCACUCAGCGCCAUGAUGUCGGUCUAGUCAUCGAGCAAGACAUGAGCACUGAGAAUCGCGCCCAGGAUCUUGCACGCACGCAGAGCGCAAAAGGAGCGAUGGACGCACUAAAGGCAGAGCUCGGACAGGUCCAGUCGCUCCAGACGGCUCUGCGAAACCUCCUCACGUCCCCGCUUCUCAGCUUACAAGAAUUCGCCGAUGUGCUGGAGCUCUGCGGCAUCCUCUAUGAUCCCUAUUCCGCACUCGUGGUAACGCUGAAGUACCCACAUUACUGGAAGUGCGAGCACCUCGGAAACGGAAAACUCAAGUUCUCCCAAACAAACCGCGUUCGGACCAAGAUGAUGCCAAAGAUCGCUGUGCCGGAACCGGCUCCUCAGGCACCUCCUCCACUCCCGAAACUCAUCAUCAAGACUUCAACCACUGCACCACAUGACGGCCCGCCUCCUGAAAAGCGCCGCCGCACUUCUAUUGCUCCGGCGGUUGGACCGCCUACUACUCAAGGCCUUCCUAAUCCUCAAUCUCUACCUCCUCGACAACCGCAGCAUCCCCAAGCCGUCCUCCCUCCGCCCGCCCGACCCGCCAUAUCACGCAAACCAUCCUCCCACGCGCCAGCCAUCCAAACCACGCCAGCGCCUCCAACUGUCUCCCCUCCCCGGACCCAGAGCCCAGAGAUAGCCCGCUCGGCUCGACCGGGUGUCAUCACACUCUCCUUCAAGAAGAACAAGAACGCCCUAGCGCGCUUUGCUGACUCGACGCCGAAUGGACACACAGCGUCUCCGCCGCCCGCACCGCCCGCACCGCCCGUCUCUAGCAUUCUCAAGGGCACCAUUAGCAAAGGCAGCAGGAAACGCGUGAGGGAGAUGUCGGAGUCGGCGUCUUCGCCGAAACCGGCCGCGCCUGCACCUGUACCGGCGCCAGCUGCUGGUAGUCCCGCGGCGGAGGCGAAGCCAGGGGGUGGGUUGAAGUUGAAGCUUAAGUUGGGGGGGCCGAAGAAGGAGAGUUGA